CAGGAGUUGGCGUUUUGUGUAAACGGUGAAGCCAAUAGUCAGGAGCUGAAGGGUCACAUGGUGACAGUGACACACCUAUGAGGGCCUAGAGCGGCGUCAGACACAGGUAGGGUAGAUAGAGCAGCGGAGCAGCGCUGAACAGGAUAGAUACACAUGUGCACCUGUGUGGUUCGGAAUCCCCGGGCCUCGGCAACCAUGAAUCGGGAAGACCAUUUCUACCCUCCCGUGCAGCUCUACAAAGACUCCUGCGCCUACCAAAGACCUCAGAGCGAGGACUUCAACCAGAGCCCGCCGCCGUGUCUCUAUAUGGGCAGACAGACUCAAUCCGUCUAUGGCUCGCCCUCCGUGGGCACCCUUGAUCAUACGAGCCUGCCUGAUAUUGCUUCAUACAGCAUACCUAUGCGGGAAGAUCCGGUCGUCCAGCACUUGCAGCACUCCCAGGCACCACCGGCCCACCUGCAAUCGGUUGGAGGCUAUGGAGACCCUCCUGACCUCUGUGCUGACAGGAACAGAUACCACCUACCCUUUCCUUGGAUGAAGUCCACAAAGUCUCACGCACACACUUGGAAAGGACAAUGGACAGGCCCUUACAUGGUGGAGGUGGAGGAGAACAAGAGGACGCGGACGGCCUACACGCGCGCCCAACUGCUGGAGCUCGAGAAGGAAUUCCUCUUCAACAAGUACAUCUCGCGGCCAAGGCGCGUGGAGCUGGCGCUGACGCUCAGCCUCACCGAGAGACACAUCAAGAUCUGGUUCCAGAAUCGCCGCAUGAAGUGGAAGAAAGAAGAGGACAAGAGGCGAGUCAGGGCAGGGGACCCCGAGCAGGAUUCCUCUAUAACCUCCGGGGACCUGAAAGAGGAGCCUUGCGUCCCGGGAGCGCCUGCGGCACCGUCCUCACCUUUGCAUGGCUUGGGUUCCUCGGUCCCCCGUGACGCUGCGUAA